UUUGGCUUCAGAGUGGCUCACCGUUUACUGAUGUUUCUCGAUGCUCAUAGUCUGUUCUACUGUUUGUUGAGUUUCCUGGACAAAACGAUAAGGUCUUGGUGGAUCAGUAGUUGGCUGCCUUCUUGGUGCCCGUCUUCUCUGUACCAGCUGAAGGAUGCUGAGGAGAGGAUGUUGCAACCCAUCAAAAGCAACUUCUCCAAGGAAUUUGUUCCCAUAGCGGACGACAACGCCCUGUGGACGCUGAUUUUCCGGGGGAGCGCGGAGGGAAGAACUCCCCUGGUUCUUUUGCACGGCUUUGGAGGCGGCGUCGGACUUUGGGUUCUGAAUCUGGAACCUUUGUCCCAGCAGAGGCCCGUUUACGCCUUGGAUCUGCUGGGUUUCGGCCAGAGCAGCCGACCCCAUUUCAGCUCGGACGCCCGGGAGGUAGAACUGCAGUUUGUGGAGUCCAUUGAACAGUGGAGAGCCAGACUGGGCCUGGAAGCCAUGAUCCUGUUGGGUCACAAUCUGGGCGGUUAUCUGGCCGCUGCCUACUCCCUCAAGUACCCGUCCAGAGUGAAACAUCUGAUUCUGGUGGAGCCGUGGGGCUUCCCCGAGCGACCCGACCCGGGAGAUCAGGAUCGGCCAAUACCAGUUUGGAUCAAAGCUCUGGGGGCCAUACUGAGCCCCUUUAAUCCUCUGGCAGGCCUCAGACUGGCCGGACCACUGGGUCCUACUCUAGUCCAGACUCUCCGGCCAGACUUUAAGAAAAAAUUCUCCACCAUUUUCCCUGACAACACUGUUUCAGACUACAUUUAUCAUCUCAAUGUUCAAAGUCCAAGCGGUGAAACGGCCUUUAAGAACAUGACGAUCCCGUACGGCUGGGCAAAGAGACCCAUGCUCCAGCGUAUCGGUCUGCUUCACCGUGACAUCCCUAUCGCCGUGAUUUACGGCUCUCGCUCCAGCAUCGAUGGCCAAUCAGGCAACGCCAUCAGAGAGAUGAGGCAGGACUCCCACGUAGAGAUCACGGCCAUCCGAGGAGCAGGACACUACGUUUACGCUGACCAGCCAGAAGACUUUAACCAGAAGGUUCUGCAGGUCUGUGAAACGGUGGAGUGAAAAGGGAGGAGGUGGGGUUAACUGCCUUCUGCAACAUCCAUGGGUGUCGGAUAAAUCGGAUAAUCAGUGUGAAUCCUGCGCACGUGUGUGUG